UCUUGCUCACCCCACCUCAGUCUCAGUACCGAUCCUAGCCUGUCUCAGUCUCUCAGCUCUUCUCUUUCUCUCACCUCCGAUCCCUCUCAGCUGAUUCCCAUUCGAAGCAGCCUCCACUAUCUCCAAGAAGCAGCCACACCAGAAGAAAACUACAAGGCGGCACAAGGGAAAGCAGAGAGGCAAACCCUAACACACAAGACUCACUUUCUCCAGAGCAACCCAGAUAGCAUCUCCUGCAUCACCACCCACCAUGAUCUUCCCCCCUGCCUUCCUGGAUUCCUCGAGCUGGAACGAUAACCAGCAGCAAGCUCACCACCAGGUUGCGGCCAGCGGAGGCGGCGACGGCAAUCAUGAGCUUCUCCAGCAAUCAAUCAUGGGGGGAGCGCUUCCCGAAGGUGGCGGCGGCGGGCAGGUGGGGCCGGCGAAGCCGAUGUCGAUGUCUGAGCGGGCGCGGCUUGCGAGGAUCCCGCUGCCGGAGCAGGGCCUCAAGUGCCCCCGCUGCGAGUCCACCAACACCAAGUUCUGCUACUUCAACAACUACUCGCUGUCGCAGCCGCGCCACUUCUGCCGCGCCUGCCGCCGCUACUGGACGCGCGGCGGCGCGCUCCGCAACGUGCCGGUGGGCGGCGGCUACCGCCGCCACGCCAAGCGCGCGAAGCCCAAGGCGACUGCGGCGGCAGCAACUCCCGGGACAGCGGCGGCCGCCACCGCCGCAUUGGCGCCAGCUGGGUCGACGUCGUCCACUUGCACCACGGCUAACGCGCCCGCUCUCCCGAGCCCUGCCAUGCUAGGCAGCAACUUGUCCAUGCUGCCGCCGCUGCUCCGCCUCGCCGACUUCGACGCCAUGAGCCUUGGCUCAAGCUUCUCCGGGAUGGGGAAGCCUUCCCUUGAUGCCGCGGGCAACUUCUCGGUCGGUGGCGGGCUGGAGCAGUGGAGAGCGCAGCAGAUGCAAGGCUUCCCAUUCUUUCAUGCAAUGGACCAGGGGCCGCUGGCGCCACCUCUGGGAAUGGCAAUACCAGGGAUGUUCCAGUUAGGUCUAGACAGUAGUGAUGGCCGUGGCGGCGUUGGCGGAGAAGACGGGUCAGGAGAGCUUCAUGUGAUGCCAACAAAAAGGGAAGGCUACCCAGCAAGAGGCAUGUAUGGUGAUCAUCACCUCACUGCUGGUUACACUUCUUCCUACUCCAAUCAUCAUGCUACAGGUAACCACCUCUUGUAAGCUGCAAUGACCUUAAUGGCCAGCUACAAUAUUAAUCCUACAAUUAGCUAGAUCGAUAGAGUGUUCGAUGGUAUUGUGAUAUAGAAAAAGCUAGCAUGCAUUUGCAAUGCUUCAAGAACUGGAGAGGAGGGGCUCUGGAUGGGCGAGCUAGCCACGUUUGGUUGAUCGAUCAUGCAUAAUUAUUUCCUAGCUAGUUAGCUUGCAUGAUCAAUGGUUCUGUGUUUUUUUCCUUUAGGUUUCAUCGUGCAUUUGGAGUGAAACUAUGUGUACUGUUGUUGUUCUUCAUUUUGUUCAUGAAAACUUCUAUCAUAUGUCAAUUAUUAUUCCCGCUUUA